CAAAGGUUCUCAGAAACCCUUCAUCGGAUAUUCCCGUAAUCUCAUCCUCCAUUUUCAGUCAAGAGACGAUGAUCUGAUUUUCUCGUCGGCAUAUUCGAAUCUGGGAAGGUUAGAGAUGGCUGUGGCGCCCUCCGGCCACCUCAAUCUCAAUGAGUCACCCUCAUGGGGAUCUCGAAGCGUGGACUGUUUCGAGAAAUUGGAGCAGAUUGGUGAAGGAACUUAUGGUCAAGUUUACAUGGCUAGGGAAAUCAAAACAGGGGAAAUUGUUGCUUUGAAAAAGAUACGAAUGGACAAUGAAAGGGAAGGGUUUCCAAUAACUGCCAUACGUGAAAUUAAAAUUCUAAAGAAACUACAUCAUGAAAAUGUAAUAAAGUUGAAAGAGAUUGUGACUUCUCCUGGUCCUGAGAAAGAUGAACAAGGGAGACCAGAUGGUAACAAAUACAAAGGUGGCAUCUACAUGGUUUUUGAAUAUAUGGACCAUGAUUUGACAGGUCUCUCCGACCGUCCUGGGAUGCGAUUUUCAGUUCCUCAAAUCAAGUGCUACAUGAGGCAAUUGUUGACUGGGCUUCAUUACUGCCAUGUCAAUCAAGUGCUUCAUCGUGACAUCAAAGGCUCUAAUCUUCUUAUAGACAAUGAAGGAAAUCUGAAACUUGCUGAUUUUGGUCUUGCACGGUCGUUCUCCAAUGAUCACAAUGGCAAUCUUACAAAUCGCGUGAUUACUUUGUGGUAUAGACCUCCAGAGUUGCUUCUUGGAACCACAAAGUACGGUCCAGCUGUGGACAUGUGGUCUGUCGGUUGUAUCUUUGCGGAGCUGUUGCAUGGGAAACCUAUCUUUCCUGGAAAAGAUGAGCCUGAGCAAUUGAACAAGAUCUUUGAGCUGUGUGGAGCUCCUGAUGAGAGCAAUUGGCCUGGAGUUUCCAAGAUUCCCUGGUAUAACAAUUUCAAGCCAACAAGGCCAAUGAAGAGACGUCUAAGGGAGGUUUUCAGGCACUUUGACCGCCAUGCAUUGGAGUUGCUGGACAGAAUGCUGACUCUUAAUCCCAGUCAGAGAAUAUCUGCCGAGGAUGCACUUGAUGCCGAGUAUUUUUGGGCUGACCCCUUGCCUUGUGAUCCAAAAAGCUUACCUAAGUAUGAAUCAUCUCAUGAGUUUCAAACAAAGAAAAAACGACAACAGCAGCGCCAACACGAAGAAACGGCAAAGCGUCAGAAGCUGCAGCAUGCACAGCAGCAUCAACGCCUGCCUCCUACCCAGCAGAGUGGACAAACACAUCCCCAGCUCCGUCAAGGCCCUAACCAGCCAAUGCAUUCUUCCCAGCCUCCAAUUCCAGCAGGAGCUAGCCACCACUAUGGUAAACCUCGUGGGCCUUCGGGAGGACCAAACAGAUACCCACAGAGUGGAAACCCCAGUGGGGGAUACAAUCACCCUAAUCGUGGAGGCCAAGGUGGAGGAGGUUACAGUGGUGGACCAUAUCCACCGCAAGGGCGUGGCCCUCCGUAUCCUGCAAGUGGUAUACCUGGUGCAGGACCCAGAGGGAGUGGCAGUAAUUAUGGAGGGGGUGCUCCGAAUUAUCCUCAAGGGGGUCCAUACGGAGGUUCGAGUGUUGGCAGGGGUUCAAACAUGAUGGGUAAUAAUCGGAAUCAACAGUAUGGCUGGCAGCAGUAAUGUUUGAUUAUUGAUGUUUAUGGUCUUCUGAAGUCCCCCUACAUUAAUUUGGGGGUGAAUAAAGGAUGUUCAAGAGAAAUGUUAAAUUUUAAAAAAAAAAGAAAAAAAGAAUUGGCUCUAGGUUGAAGGGUUUUGAUGUUUUCCAGUGACAAAACCUGAUAAAUUAGAGUCUUAUGUUGAAACCAAUAGAUCCUGUUUCCACUAUACCUUGUGAUCAUGUAAACCUAAAUGAAAAGAAUGAGUUGCUUUUCUGGAAAUAUUAUCUGAA